CAGCCUUCAGCUGUACAACAAAAACAAACCGCGCUGACAAUGAGAAACUUAAGAACGUUUGUGAACUGGCUUAAAUUAAAAACAGGAGGACUCAGGAUAUUCCAUUAGCAAAACUUUUUCUUAAGAACCUUGAGCUCAACUCUGAACCUCUCAAAGCCCAAUAAUGAGACUAAAACCAGCCGGUUGCUUUCUUAAGUUCGCCACUGAAUACUUUUGACUCUCAUUAUGGUGUAUUUGCCGGCCACCCUCACGAGAGGAAGGGGCCUGCGGUCUCCACCUCCACAAGCCGUCCCUAGACCUUCAGCCGCAUUUUCACCCCACAUCGAAAGAAGUGGACGAAUUUAUCAGGUGUUGUGAAAUGGGAUGAGAACUGAAGAACAUUUUGCAAGAUUCAUGGAUUCCAAUCUACCAUUCCAUCAGAGCCGUACCUGCCAUGCCAUGGACUACAUUCGCGAAUUCGACAUUCGCCUCGAGCGCGAGAUGUACUACGCCGGAGAGACCGUCUGCGGAAAUGUGAUUCUGGACACCGUCGAGAACUUCAAGCUCAGGGCCGUUCGAGUGGUGCUCAGGGGCAAGGCGCACGCCGAGUGGAAGGUGGUGGUCAGCGGCGACAGACGCACCGUCAAGGACGACCAAUACUUCGUCGACGACCGGGCCAUCAUUUGGGGAAAAGACAAGCCGGAGGGAAAUGUGCCGAUUCUACCGCGGGGCCUGCACCAGUUCCCGUUCCGCUUCCAGCUGCCGGAGAGCUCGCUGCCGUGCUCGUUCGAAAGCAAGCCCGGCUUCAUCCGCUACUACAUCAAGGUGACCAUCGACAUUCCCUACGCCUCGCCGCCCCAGGGGAUGAAGUAUUUUACCAUUAUCGGACCACACAUCGACUGCAUGGACGAUCAGUACUUGAAGCCGAUGAUUGGGCAGGACAAGAAGACGACUUGCUGCCUGUGCUGCGAGCGCGGCCCGGUGGCCCUUCGGGCACAGCUCGAGCGGUCGGCCUACGUGUGCGGCGAGAGCAUCAAGUUGCGGGCCGACGUGGACAACCAGGGCGAAGAGGAAGUUCGUUUGAAAGUCAAAUUGCUGCAGUACGUGGAGUACUUCAUCGACAGAGGGGUGCUGGGGGUGACGCGCGAGGUGCAGCAUCCGGUGCUCGAGUACCGCGGCGAGCCGGUUAAGCCGGGCACCCACGCCAAGUGGGACUCGGCGCAGAUCCUGGUUGUGCCCACGAUGCCACCCUCCAUGGUUGGCGUGUGCCGCCUCCUCCAGCUCUACUACGUCCUCAAGGUGAACCUGGAGUUUGAGAAGAGCGGCGACGACUUACAAAUGCACUUUCCUCUGACAAUUGCGACGGUGCCGUUCAGAAUACCAAACAGCGCCAACCAACCCUCGGUUAAAUAUGAGCACUCGUGCGACCACGUGGAGGGCGGGCUGUACAUUGGACCCGAGUUUCUGCUCGGCGAAGUGUACGACGGCGACCACGACGGCCGGGAGACGGUGGUGCUGUACCGACCGGUGUACGUGUGCAUCGACCGGCCUGCGGUGGUGCCGCCGCAGCUGCAGCCGCAACACAGCUCAAAUGCCUUAGCUUGCGGCUCGCAGUCGCAGCAGCCGCACGCGUCCGCCUCCACGAACUCGUUGUAGACCAGACACUCUCUCGUGCACAUCUCACUUUUGUACCGCUCUCUUUUUCUUACAACAUUUUGGUGUAAUCAUGUUACAGUUGUUGCAGCAGCGAGAUAUAAAAGAGCUUCUUGGUCUAUAGUCCUGGCUUCGGUGUUUGAAUUUGGCUGCACUUCUCAAUUUGUCCUUUGAAGAUUGAGGGGAUCGAAACGAUUUAUUUGUUUAAAUUGACAAUAAAAUGUUUUUGUGUAAAUCAUAAAUACCGGAAAUUACAAAUUUUUAAGAACAAAAAAGUUUUUAGGUGAUGAUAGGAAGUGUUUUUUGCUCUGCGGGACUUAUGCUGGAUUGCCAAAUUAUAAUAACACUUGUAUUUGGUUAAAAUAAUAUUCGCUCUACCAAAGUCAAUAUUUGUAGGGUUGUGCGUUUAGCUUUUUCAACUGUUUUUCGAGCACAUGCUGAGAGGAAAUCAUCACGAUUAAUUAAAUUUAAAGUAAUUUAAGCCCGUGUUUAAAUUGAAUAGAAUGUACUUGGUCAGAAAAGAAUUCGUCUGAAAUGGGGGAUUUGGACUGUGUCCAAAAUGGAAUCUGUCCAAAUCACGCACCAUGCAUUCCCACCUUCAACUAUGACCGGAUAUUCGCACAUUUUUCAACCACCAAUCAGAAUCCUUGAUAAUGGAGUUGAUCUGGAUUGUCGUACAAAUAUAUGUCUUAAUAGAUAAAUAUUAGUAUUUAAAAAAAUAAAAAUAGUCAAUGAUACAUUUUAGGACUAUAGGAAGGGUUGUGAUGCAUGGACGGUCAGGCCUUUUUCCUUUGAAAUUACAAAAAAGUGAUAUCAUUUAGUGUCCAAAUUUGUAAAAAUCGUUGACAUUCAUUGUUUUGGUUUCCUCCUGCUUAAUUUGUGCAAUUUUUGAAAAAUUGGAAAAUGGUCCUUGGUUUAAUGUAAUUCAUGCAAAUUUAAAAAAUAAACUUAAACGCACAGCCCUAUAAAUUUGUAAGCGUGGAUCUCAUUCAGUUAAUAGUGCAAAAUGCAUAAAAAGCGUUACUGUCAAUCCCUCAGUACUGCAGUUUUUUUAAUCCGGAUGGAAAGUUUAUCCAGGAAAUUAUUGGCUCUCUCAUUUUCGGAACAAAGUCCACUCAGUGGUCUCUAUAAUUUUGCGAGGGAUAAAAUCAUUCCAAGAAGAUACCUCAAGCAAACAACGAUUGAUUGAUUGAUAUUAUUUAGAAAUUUGCUACGCACACACUAUUUGAAAAGCUCAAAAUGCGGCUUUUAGUAGGCAUUAGCAGACGCUCAAUGGCAUACACAUGUAACUACAUUAAAUAUAGUCGAUUGAAGCUCACGAAGACGAAUUUAAGUUGCACUAGUCGCUAACUCGAGAGAAGAGCCAAAUUUCAACACCAUUCAAUUUUCCGAAAAAGCGCAAGGUAUUAGCUGUUGCAUAUUAGAAUUAAAUAUAUAAAUCCGGUGCCAAAUGUUCAGCACUGUGUAAUUUGUUACAUUAAAUGUUCGUGUAUGUUUAAUAAGAAUGUUACAUUUGCAACAAAAACUAUGUAUAGCGUUGACACUAACAGAUGUCUAAGGAAUCGAUUAUUUAGACCCCUCUCCUUGUGUGUGUUUAGCAGUGUUUUUACGUACCAAAACUGUGUACUCAACGAUUAAAAAAUUACUGAACGCAUUAAACUCUCAUUAAAAGUAAAAUAAAAUAUACUAUAAGCCCCUUAAACGAAAUAACUAAACAAUUAGAAUUUUAACCGGGGAAAAUCAAAAACGCCAAAAAAUGUAAUCAAAGGCGAGGAUGCAAUAAUGUCUGUUCAUUUCGUACUUGUAGCAGAAAAUGAGUAUUUUUAACACAAAAGUGCUGUAGUCGAUUUGUUUGGAAUGAUUCCUGGAUGCAAACAUAAACAAGACAAAAAAUGAAGUGUUCCGGGUUGUGCCAAAAAAAAAUUAUUGUAAAAAAUCGUAUGCACGACUUAUUUCAACUUUAAGUGUUUAUUUGUAAUAAUUGCAAAUGCUGGAAUUAUUUCUGUGUCGUUAUGGUUGUAAAUAUUUUGACAAUAUUUUUAAGUCAUUCGUAAUUAGACGACUCUCAAGGUACUCGUUUUCUCCACAAUUCACAAGUAAAAAUUAAAUUGAAAAUUACUCCCUCCUUAUGAAAGACAUCUUUUUAAAGGAAGAUCUUUUCAAUUGAUGUCUUUUGAAUUGUUGUUUAAUCUAUAAUAGAAAAAAGAGCUGGAUUUUUUAUUCCCAAAUAGAAAAUUUCAAGAAUAUAAAGAUGUUAACUUAAAUUUCGCAACAGUUUCAUAUUUUGCAAUAAAAUAUAUUUUUUCUCGAUAAAAACAGGCCAAACACAGUUUGAGUAGGAAAAUCUCAAAUACAAUUGGAAGCUCAGAAAAAUCAUUGAUCGUCAUGAUUUCACAGCCUAUAUAUUUACGUAUUAUUUAUUUCAAGUUUUGGCCGGCUGGCAAAAAGGCCACUUACUUGCCGUGUGAAAAUGCACUGGCAGGUGAGAUCCAGGUGCUUGUUGUUGUUUAUGUGCGCCGAAAGGGGCAAAGAAAGAAUAAAGUGCGUGUGCGAGGUUGUAAAAGUGA